AUAAUUGUACAUAAAGGAGAUGCAAAUAUCGAUAAAACCACUUGUUGCGUGUGCUUCGACGUCGUAAUUCCUUUGCCGUUCAGAGAAAAAACAUUCUAGACAUGGGGGGUUGCCAGGCCAACCAGUAGCAUUGGCAACCAUCGGUAACUAUGUAAGCUGGUUUCACAACAACCAUUGCAGCUAAAGGUAGUUUGUACACUCAAAAAUGCACAGUCUUCUCAUAGGUUGAAGGUGCUACGGAUUGCAGCGCUGAAAGUCGAACAGGAUUUUCCUUUCAAACGUCGUAGAAUUCUAAUCCUUCAAGAUGUCUGUAGAAGAACCAACGGAAGUAGCUAAUCUGGAGCCCUCCGCCAUCAUAGGAUUCGACGGACAUGUUGUUUGUGGACUACGGGUACACCCCGACCAGCGUCAUUUAGUGUUUCCAUUGGGUAAUGAAAUAUCAAUCUACGAGUGCGCCACAAACAAGCAAUCCUUCCUGCGGGGCCAUACGAAUACUAUCUCCACGCUGGACAUUUCUACCAGUGGACGAAUGGUUGCAUCGGGUCAAUCGAAUCACAUGGGAUUUCGGGCGUUCGUGAUCGUGUGGGACUGGGAAACACGGAAGGAAAUCUCGCGACACGAGCUGCAUCGCGUUCGCGUUCAAUCGUUGUGUUUCUCAUCAAACGACCAAUUUCUUGUCAGUCUCGGUGGCAAAGAUUGUGGGUCCAUCAUUGUGUGGGAUAUCGAACAACGAACGGCCAUUUGUGGCACAAUCGCCACCAAGGAAACGACCGGUGAAGCGACCAAGGUGGCUAGCUUGAAUAAGCGAUUCACAACGUUCGUAUCCGGUGGCGAUCAAAAUUUACGCGUCUGGAACAUUGAUCGGGAACGUAAGCGUCUCACGGUGCAAGACGUGGCCGUGGGCAAGCUGCGAAGAGAAUUCACCGGAAUGCGUAUCUCUCCGAAUGACGAUACACUGUACGUUGGCACGAUGAGUGGCGACAUCGUGAAGAUUAAUCUCAACUGCAAUCCAAACCCGAGUGAUCCUUCGCAGGACAAAAUGCCCGUACUGCUGGGGUGCUUUGGGAAACACAAUGCCAAAAAACCGCCCGGGAAGGAUUGUGAAAAAUAUCACUACGGUGUGCGCGAUUUGCUGCUGCUGCCAGAUGGAAAGUUAAUUAUCGGGGCGGGAGAUGGGACGAUCGAUAUGGUACAGGAGCGUAAUUGCAACUUUAAGAACUAUCGAGGUCCCACGUGGCCGGAAUUAAAAUCGCUUCAAUUCACCAAAAUUGAUGGUGUGAUUACAUCGCUUCAAAUUCGCAAUGGAGAAACUCUUCUAAUUGGUACGAACGGUUGUGAGAUUUACUCACUGGAACUAGCUAACUUUUCCUCAAGUCUACGGCUGCUCAAAACCUGCCACACGAAUGCGGUGUAUGAUAUAGCAUUUCCUUACAACUUCUCGCUAGUCUUUGCUACCGCUAGCCACGAAUCGAUCCGAAUUUGGUCAACGUCCAAAAUGCAGGAAUUAUUGCGUAUUGUGGUGCCCAACUUUGCCUCAUCUUCGAUCGUGUUUAGCCGCGAUGGAAAGAGCAUUAUUUCGGCCUGGAAUGAUGGAGUGAUUCGUGCCUUUACACCACUUACCGGCAAGCUGAUCUAUGCCAUUCCGAAUGCGCACAAUAAAGGAUGCUCGUCGGUGGCCGUAACGAGCAACGGUAAGAUUGUGGUCAGCGGUGGUAUUGAAGGGCAGGUGCGCGUAUGGAAGAUCGAUCCGUACGUGCAGAGUUUGAUCGGUGUGCUAAAGGAGCAUUACGGUCCGAUCGAAUCGGUACACAUCAACAGCUACGACACGGAGGUGGUGUCUGCGUCGCGGGACGGAUCGUGCGUAAUUUGGGAUUUGAUACGACUCACACGGAAGCACGUGAUCUUUGCGCACACACAAUUUAUUGCCGCGCAGUAUUUUCCCACCGGCGUGCAAAUACUCACGGCAGGUUCUGAUAAGCUUAUCGGUUACUGGGAAGCUUACGAUGGCAGUUUGGUGCGAGAGGUGGAAGGAUCGAAAUCGGGACCGAUCAAUGCCAUCGACAUGAACAUGAUGGGCGAGUACUUUGUGUCGGCAGGCACCGAUCAGAUUGUGCGUCUGUGGAACUAUCAACUCGGUGUGGAGGUUGCAGUUGGCAUAGGGCAUGCCAGUGCGAUCACAUCCGCACGCUACAGCCCAAACGGGAAGUUUCUGGUGACUGGUUCAAGCGAUGGAGGAAUCUUUGUUUGGAAAGUUCCGGAGAAGUUUCACAUUAAAAUACCCGACGAUAUUUUGAAGCCCACAAAUGACGAACAGCUUGCCGCUGCCAAAGCGGUGAAGCCACCGACACCGAUUGUCGUGGUGAAUAAACCGGUCAAAAGUUCCUCCUCACAAGCAGCUGGUUCGCGCGAUGCGUCUAGAAAAACGACUCCAUUAUUGCCCGGUGCGCGUGGGGUCAUCCUUCCCGGGGGAACGCGCAACAGCGAGGACAUCCGUGUGCAUGCCUCUGGUAGGUCUACACGUGCGAGUCAAAUUGCCGAAUGUCCAGCGAUCGACCCGAACGCACAACCGACGAUCGAUCCGCGCGUUGACACAGCUUCAUUAGCGGAUGGUGAUCAGGAACAGUGGGAAACUCGCUCGCAGCAUUCAACGGGCAGUCAGAAUCGUCUUUCAGAACAAUCGCCUUUUGCACAAAAGGAGAUGACGAAUUCAGCAGGGAAAGGUUCCAAAUGAACCGUAAGACUCAGCGAAACCGUAAGCGAUGUACUCGACCGAAAAAUUAUCGUGUAAAAGUUUAUUUUCUAUUAUAUUUUAUAUGUAUUUUGAUCAUGAA